UUAUUUUUUUUGGGCGGGUUUAUGAUGUGUUUGGUUGCAGGGAAAGCGAAGGAAAAUGCCUAUAAAUUUUUAUCUAUUCUUGUUGGUUCUAACGUUUUCUGCUUCUAAUAAUAUAUUACUAUUCAAUAUGAACUCGGUAACGGUACAUUGGUUUCUGAUUGAUACAGGAUGUAGUUUCGUUAAGCUGUUUUUUUUUAUAUAUAUAAAUAUAUAUAUCCAUGACUAGCAUAGUUGGUUCGUUUAAUUUCUGGCAUUUUGUACAGAUUUUCAGUUCCCAUUUCCUGUUAUUAAUUUCAGCUUAAAUUUCAGUUCUUUAGUCUGGUUUGUUAUUAACUUUGUAUUUCUAUUGAAUUUUAUUGACUUUUUAAAUUGGGUGUAAUUGGGCUCUUUUGGUGUUAAACCGCUCAUUAUAUUCCUAUGUGCCACAGAAGUGUGAUCUGGGUGUUCUUAACUUAAUUCAUGUAAAAUGAAAGGAGAGGAUACUGUUAGGGAACUGAUAUAUGAAAUCCAAUCAGAUGUUUUGAGGGAAACUCUUAAAAGAAUAUGGCAGGGGGCAAUAAGCAUCUCAGGGGUGAUCAAGCUUCAAUCAAAUACUGUUGGAAUACAGUAAAGCAAUCACCAUCUGAGCUAGCCAGUUUUGCUCGUGAGGAAUAUGCCUCGACUCUCUCUAGCAGUACUGAUAACAGAUGGGGUAAAGGAUCUGACUCCAAAACUCCUGAAAUAUUGAGUAUGGGUGAACUCUUCUCAGCAGCCGGCCGUAUAUGGGAUUAUGCCAGUUGUCCUCUUACUUCUUUGGAAAAUGAGGUAAAUUCAAGCCCCAAUGACAGUGGGAAUAAGAGUGAGCUCAUCUUUGGUGAUUUAGACAGGGAAGAAAAUGGUGCGGUACCUACUUCAGCAAGGGUCAAUUACUUGUAUGCUGAUUUAAGGACUGUUAGUGAGGCUCCUAAAGUGCAACCGAUUUUAGAUUUUGUGGAAGUAACCCAAAAGAUAUCAGCAACUGGACCUUUUAGUGAAAACCAUACUUUUUCAUCGUUUUGGAGGUUACUGCAGGCUGGUGCAAAGAAGCAUAAAGAACCUUGGAGACAACAAGGGCUUGCAAGUGUAGAACUCUCAUAUGAAUUGGAAAAUAUAUAUGGAUGGAUGAAACAAAUAUCUUUUGCUGGAUUAAGUAAUCCAAUCAAAGCUAGCGAGAUUGAAAAUAGAUCUAAUGAAUAUAUCACUUCAGGAGAUACUAUUAGUACAGCAGAUGGCUACAUUUCAGGAAAUACAACUAUACCAGCAAAUAAGUUGGCUGCUGUCUGUGCUGAUAGUAAUGCUAGUUCAAGCAAACCUUGUUAUUUAUCAUCAUUUAAAGAUGCAAAGUCAGACAAAUAUAUAAGAUCAUUUUUGUAUUCAAAUUAUUUUCUCAGGGCAUUCCUCGAGGAAGACAGUAGUAUUUCAAGGACUGGCUUCUCUAAUUUAUAUGCAGGUACGAACUCGCUAGUUUCACACAGUGCUGCACUUGAAGAAUCUGAGCUCAUCAAUGAUGAUAAUCAAGUGCUUGACACCAAAAGAAAAGAACCUGAAAAGUUGGUCAGUGAGGAUUCACUUCAAAAAGGGGUCACUUCAUCAGCAUCUCAAAAACCCCAUUUCACACUUGCUAAGCAAGAGCAUGCUUUUGCAGGGGCAUUUGCUGGAAUAUUUGUCAGCCUUUGUCUUCAUCCUGUUGAUACAGUUAAGACUGUUGUUCAGUCUUGCAGUGCUGGCCAGAAGUCUGUAUUCUGGAUUGGAAGAUCAAUUGUUUCCGAUAGAGGAUUGACUGGACUUUAUCGAGGAAUUACCACUAGUAUUGCAUCUUCAGCUCCAAUCUCUGCCAUCUACACAUUCACAUAUGAAUCUGUUAAAGGGUCUUUGCUUCCUUUUUUCCCAAAAGAAUAUUACUCUCUUGCACAUUGUGUGGCAGGUGGUUGUGCAAGCAUUGCUACUUCUUUUGUUUUUACUCCUAGCGAGCGUAUAAAGCAGCAGAUGCAAGUAGGAACUCACUACAAUAACUGUUGGAAUGCAUUUAUUGGAAUAAUUGAAAAGGGAGGCUUGCGUUCUUUGUAUAAUGGUUGGGGAGCUGUGCUUUGCAGGAAUGUUCCACACUCGAUUAUCAAGUUUUACACAUAUGAAAGCUUGAAGCAAUUGACGUUGUCGUCAUUGCCAUCUGGCACUCAACCCAACACACUACAAACGCUAUUUUGUGGAGGACUAGCUGGAACCACCGCUGCUUUUUUUACGACUCCAUUUGAUGUGGUAAAGACAAGGCUACAAACACAGAUUCCUGGAUCUGCAAGCCAAUACGGUAGUGUGAUUCAUGUCCUUUAUGAAAUAGGAAAGCAUGAAGGUUUAAAUGGCCUUUACAGGGGACUGGCUCCAAGAUUGGUUAUGUAUAUGUCUCAAGGAGCACUCUUCUUUGCAUCAUAUGAAUUUCUCAAGAAAUUGUAUUACUUGGAGAUGCCGCAGCCUGAGACUGAAAUAAUCCAAAACCAACAAAACAUGGAUGAUCACACAGUUAUACUAACAUCAUCAUCAUCAUCCACAUUGCCAUCUUCAGAAACAUCAUCACUAUCAUCAGUUUCUGUUCCACAAAAGCUUUACAGUUUACGUUCAUGAUGAGUUUUGGACGUAAAGAUAACGAAAGUGGAGUGUAAACUAAUCUGAUGAGAAAUUUGAUCUGGUUUAUUCAUUUAUUUCUUUUCACAUUGUAAUUUUGCAAGCAAAGGUUGAGCUGGUAGAUGGGUCUAAUUUCAUUGAUGUUGAUUCUUUAGUGUAAAUUAAGGAAGUAGGUGUUGUUGGCACAAGCUUAUGGUAAUGUCAAAAGUAAUUGUAAAAUAAGUUAAAGAGCAUUGUAUUUGUAGCUUUGUAUAAUUUCUCAUCAAUAAAAAAGGAAUGCUGUUGUGCUAUUUCAGUAA